AUGGCGGGAGCUCAGUCAGAAAAGCUUGAGGGAGCCAGCAGUUUGCACCGAGGAAGAGGACUCCCGGUUGGACAGGGGAGGAGCGUUACUAGCAAUGAAGCCUUCUCCUGGCAACCGACCACCCAUCCGCCGCUGCCAUCGUUCCCAUUGAUCCUUCCCGUCCAGGCUCCAGUGAGCGACGUCUGGUUGUCCAAGUUUCAAAAGAUUGAAGAGGGCUUGCAGUGGAUCAAGGAUGAAAAAGACAAGACAGUGGACGUGAAGAUCAAAGCCCUCGAGGACCAAGUGAACGCUCUGAAUGGACUUUACCACGAUGGUUACGACGACCGCCCAAGUAACAUAAGAGAAAUGCCAGAGAAUCUGGACAGUCCCAUCUCGAGUAAGACAGAUUCUACCAUGUUUACAAAGGAAGACCUGGCUGCAUCGAAACGCAAGCAUUCGGAUCAAGAAGACAUAAAGCUGCUUCAAAUGAUUCGAAGAGUUUUGGGAAAGAAGGUUGAAGCAACGAGUUCACAGGUAAAUGGUUCCAGCCAUGCAACUGUGCAUGCGAUUGCGAAUCAGGAAGUAUCACAGCCUACAACCAUUCCAGCUGUUGCUAACGGAGUAAUUCAUGAUUCGGCUGCACUUCAACCGAUCGAUCGAAGAAAAUCGUCAGACCCCAUACAAACAGCAAGAAACGUGCGAGAAGCGUCUCCUCUUGCCAUCCAAGAGGUCAACGCCCUACAAACAAGACGAUUCGACAUCACAAUACACGUUGCUGGUGCAGGAAUAGAUGCAGUGAAUGGCGAAUACAGACAAAUAUCGCAAGGUUCCGUCUUUGUGCAAGUUCACACCUCAAAUCACAUCAUGAGGAUCCCAUCGUUUGGCAUGAACAAUGAGAAGUGGAUCAUUUGUGAUGUUGUGGGUACGUUUGAAACGGAGAGAGAUGCAAUGAUAGAAGCCGUAUAUUACAGUUGUCCUUGCCAAGAUCCGCCAGGUGCACCUCCGCCCGAAGCAGGAUGGCAGAUAGACAAGUGGGGAGUGGGCCCUGCUCCAUCCCUCAAGUUAGCCUAUCAGAUGCAGGACUUCAGUGCCACGAACGUACAGGCUCGUGAAGAGGUCAAGUACGAAACUUACCAUAUCGAAACUCGGAAUUCACCUUCGAAUCGAGACCAUGCAACAGCUGAAAAGCCCUCUACCCGCAUGAAUCAAGUAAGCCCUCAGUUUCAUAACUCCUUUCCAACAUUUUUCUCUACUAAACAUCACCGUAUUGCUGGCGUUAAAUCUUGGAAUUCUGAAAGUCAAACGAAUUUCAAUGUCGAGGUUCCACGGAUGAGUGGAAAGACGGACUUUCUGCAAAAAUCAGAGAAAGACGCAGGCCAUAUGAGUCUACAAGAAGAAAUGGUGCUCAACCGUUUCCAAGAGGCAACCAACGUCUCGUCACAGAACAUGCUGCAACAGCCAGUACAUCACUUCUCAUCUCAUCUUCAUGACGAAGUCCAGCGAAGGUCAGAUCAGCACCCUUCCAAUGUAAGGCUACAGAAUGCAGGCAAUCGUGAUCAAACUCCAGAGAACUCACAGGAAGAAUGGACAGACCUUGUUUGUGACAGCGUUAUGAUGAGAAUGUCGAGGGAUUCGGACGGAUCUUCUGCUGGUGUUGGAGUUUCCUUGAAGAACAGCACAGCCGGCAAACAAAAUCCAUUCGUCCUCGGAGGCACAGAUGUGAGCAAGCUCAACAAGAAGGAACUUGCUGCGGUUUUGCAAUCUUGUUUUCUGAACAACAAGACAGCACAGCUUGUAGUGAGAAACAUGUACGGCACCAAAAGGGUUGUUUUCCUGGAACGAUCCAAAGAUAACUCAGGAUUGGGCAUGAUUCUGAAUACAGAUCGUGUAACAGGAGGGACGGUCGUGCAGGGUUUGCAGGAUCACAGCCCAGCGUCAAGGGCUGGAAUCAUGAUUGGAGACUCCAUUGUAUCGUUGCAUGCGCUCAAGUCUUCCUCCAGUGGCCUGUGGCUGUUGUAA